CCGGGAUGUGGCCAACGACCAGAGGGGAAUGUCUCACUUCAACUGGACUCUGGACAGUGGAACCAACUACCACAUACUGCGCACCGCCUGUUAUCCGUACAUGAAGUAUCACUGUAGCAAGAGGGAGGUGCAGGAUCUUUGGCUGGAGGACAAGUUCUUUCGGUUCCUAAAGGUUAUUAAUUUGGGCUUACCAAUGCUCUUCUAUGGACUGGCUGCCAUCCGUCUAAUUAGCCACACGGAGAUCGUUCAUGUCAGCGAAACGGUGAAAGUUCCCAUAUAUUUUCUAUAUGCUGAGGACAAAGGUGCCAGCUUUUGAUUUUAAAAACAGCCAAAAUGUGAAUUGUGAAGAAUAGCCUUCUGAUCUAGUAUGUUCAUAAUUUCAAUAUGUUAAACAAUUUGUAAAGUACCAACUUAACAAUGUUUCUGAAGACUACAAAGAACUUGCCCAACUCAUUCGGGCAAAUAAAUUUAAAUAUGAAUAGAAUAUAUCUUUGUAAAAUUAUCAUCCAA